UCGAACACCUGUCAUUGUAAAUUGUGGCAGCCAUAUUGUGUUUUACUUUUGAGAGUGACCCGGAAAAUCAUAGUUUUUUAAUUAGAAAUAUUUGUAGUUUCAAAUAAUAAAGCAGUUUAUCGUAUGUCCAAGUAUCCCAUAAAUUAUUGGGUUAUUGUCAUUUGAAAUAAACACCCCGAAGUAGUAAUAUCCGCUGAUAUCCGUGAAUCGUCAGUGCUGCAUUGUGUGUUAAUUCAGUGUUUUAUUUUGGGAAAUUCCUCUAUAUUUAUGUAAAAUACAAAUGAAUAACCAUGUCGGUACACUAUAGAUUUAAGUCCGCUCUAGAAUAUGAUACAAUAACAUUCGAUGGUUUGCAUAUUUCUGUGAAGGAUUUGAAAAACGCCAUUAUACAACAGAAACGCAUUGGAAAAAGCACCGAUUUUGAUUUAACAAUAACUAAUGCCCAAACCCAGGAAGUUUAUAAAGAUGAGAAUAGCCUUAUUCCCAAAAAUACAUCUUUACUUAUUGCACGAAUACCAUUAACUGCACCAAAACCGAAGCAAUGGGAAGGGUAUGGUGGCAACGAUACUCCUCCUUUAACAAAAGUCGAUGACAUUGGUUCAAUUGGAAAGGCAGUAGACUUGGCUAAUCUUGACGCUCCUGAAGAAGAUAAAAUUAAAGCUAUGAUGACUCAAAGUACACAGGAAUAUGAUCCUAGCAAUUAUGCUAAAAUUCGUGGAGCUAAUCAAUUUGGGCCGGUUCCUCCUAGUUAUCGAUGCUAUAAGUGCCACCAGACUGGACAUUGGAUAAAAGAUUGUCCUCUAGGGCAAGGUGUUGAAAAUGUUGAUAUCAAGAAAAGUACUGGAAUACCGCACAGUUUCAUGGUUCCGGUAGAAGGUCCGCAAGUUCCUGGAGCAAUGAUGAUGUCCAACGGCCAGUAUGCAGUCCCAGCUCUGGACUACCAAGCUUACAGUCAGAAAAAUCCUGCUCCAGCUGCUACUUCAGCACCCAAACCUGAAAUUCCUGAAGAUUUGCUUUGCAGUAUCUGCUCCGAUUUGUUAACUGAUGCUGUUAUGAUUCCUUGUUGUGGUAAUUCUUUUUGUGAUGAAUGUAUCCGGGGUGUAUUAUUGGAGAGUGAAGAUCAUGAAUGCCCCGAUUGUCAUGAAAAAGAUAUUUCCCCAGCAACUCUGAUCCCAAAUAGGUUUCUCAGAAAAUCAGUGGCCAAUUUUAAGAACAACACUGGCUAUGAGAAAAAGCCAGUUUAUAAGCCUAAACCUGUAGUAGUAAAGGAACCAGAACAGAAAAAAGAGGCAACUCCACCUCCUGUCGCCGAUUCUACUGAAAAAGAACAUCAGAAGUUAGAAGAAAAGACAGUUAUAUCAGAAGCAGAUUCCACUGAGCACACCAAGAAUGACACAGACUUUUCUAAAGAACCUGAAAUGGAACCCAUAAAGACUGAUGAUGUCGAAGGCCCUCCAGGCGUCUCACCUUUAAGAGAGUCGCCUAAGCGUCACAUCAAAACCAAAGUGACAAGUGACAGAAAUGGAUCUCACAAAGAUCGCGAUUAUUCAGAUAAACAUAAACAUAAAUCAAGUUCCCCAAGGAAACAUAGACAUCCAAGAUCUCCUAGUUAUGAAUCUAGGAGGCGCUCAGAAGAGAGACAAGGUACACCAACGAGAGAUGAACCACCAGGAAUGGGAACUAACUAUAUUCCGCCCACAUCAACAGAUGCAUUUAAUCCAGGUGGUUUACCACCUAACAUGAUGCAGGGUCCUCCACCUAAUAACAUGCCUCCUGGAGUGUUUCCACCUCCUGGUGUUCAGCCACCAAUAGGAGGUUUUCCUCCUGUGUCAGGACCACCACCAAACUUUAGGAUACCACCUCCUGGAUCACAACCUCCUCCAUUUAUGGGCCCUGGAAAUUAUCCAGUUCCACCAAGACCUAUGUUUGAUCCUUCAAGACCACCUAUGGGUGGUCCUGGUAAUUAUGGUCCACCAUAUGGAGGAAGACCGAGAGAUUUUAAUAGAAGAGGUAUCAGGGAAAGAACACCUCCUGGUGUAAUUGACGAUCCGUUGGCCGCAUUUAAUCGCAUCCUAAGAGAAAAAGACGAGAAAAGGGCGAGACAACAGCGCUUAGCUAGGCGCAGCUGGAGCAGGAGCAGGAGUCGCAGCAGGAGCUACAGCAGAUCGCCUCCGCCUCUUAGGCGACGUAGCCGAUCGCCGCGCAGACGCAGCAGGAGCCGGUCGUUCUCGAUUAGCAGGUCGCGAUCUCGGUCGUACUCGCUCAGUCCGCCGCCUAGGGGGGCGUCGCCGAUGCGCGGCCGCUCGCCCAAGCCGCUGCCGCCCCUCCACCCGUCGAGGAGGGACCACGCGCGCUACCGCCCUUCACCGCCACCGCUGCCGCCCUCACACAGAUCGCCGCCCCUCAGACGACGCAAUGAUCGAGACCGCAACGAUUACGAGCGCGACUACGAUCGCGGUGGUUUCCGGGGCGGCGAUAAGCCACGCAUGCGCAGAGGCGACAGCCGAGACCGUUUCUACGACGACCGGGACUACGACAGGGGCAUGCGCAGAGGUCCGCCGCCGCCGCCGCAGCAGCAGAGCCAGCAGCCGCAGCAGCAAUGGGGCCAGCGAGAUGGUUACUACCCGCCGUCGGAUCAGCAGGCGCAACAACAACCCUAUCAAAACAGAUAUCCACCUCGAGAUUAUCAUCCGCCUCACAUGCAAAACGUCCCUCCAGAAAGAAAAUACGCCGAUGUCGCCCCUCCUGGCAUCGAACAACCUCCCAUUCCUGGCCUGGAAAGUGAACUCCCACCCGAUUUGAACAGAGACAAGAAGACUCCGGAAAUUAGAGAAAAAGAUAGAGACAAAUAUCCCAGAGAAGAUGAUAAGGACAAAAAGGAUAAACUUAGACGAAGGGAGGAGAAUAAGAGAUCGAGGUCUAGGACGCUUUCGCCCGAGAAAUGGCGAAAUCCUAGUCCAAAACCGAAAGACGAAACUCCAGAUCGGUCGAAGAGGAGACGAAUUUCGUCGGAAUCCAAAGAAGAAAGAAGAAGAGAUAAAGAGAGGGCUCGGGAGUAUUCUGAUGAUGACAAAAAGAAAAGCAAGGAGAAAAAGAAACAUAAAGACCGAAAAGACGAGAAGAGGAAGAAAAAAGACAAGAAAGAUAAGCAUCACAGGAGAAGUGACAGGAAAGAGAAAGAAAAGAAAGACGAAUUUAAACAAGUCAUACCAAGAGCAAAAAGCGGUAGCGAGGACGAUCCUGAAAUAUCUCGCAGAAAAUCAGACGAGAAACAUAAACAUAAGAAGGACGAUACUAGGAAACACCCAGAACAAAAAGAACUAACUGAAGAAGAAGAAAAACAACUCGAACUGAAAAGACAAGCCGAAGAACGUAAAAAGGAAGAACGCCGUUUAAGAUUCAUCGAAGAUGAGAAGCGCAAGAGGGAAGAAGAAGCGCGCAAAGAAGAGAUCAAAAGAAAGGCCAUUGAGGAAGCCAGGAGACUCCUCGAAGAAGAAGAGGAACGCCGAAAGGAACUAGAAGCCCAAAAAACCGCCGAGCUUCCUGAUCUCUACGACAAAGUAAUACCGGAAACAGAAAUUGAUAAGGAAGUAGUAGAGAAUAUUCCUAAUAUGAAUGUCGAAGAUACUGAACAAGUAUUCGAUACAAACCCUGAAGAAUUCAAAGAAAAAGAAGAUGGUGAAGUUACCGACGAUCAGGAGCCGGUCGUUCACAAAGAGUUAGAGGAAGAAGACAGUGGAAUUCUAGAACUUCAUUCCGACAUGGACAUCAGGCUCGAGGAGAGUGACAUAAAUAUACUCGCUCCCGUGCCAGAGAAGUCUAAGUGGGAGGUGGACGAAGACGGGCAAAUUCAAACCAGUCCCAAAGACCUCAAAGAUCAGGGAUCGGAUUCAAAACCAGCUAAAGUCUCUAAUGAAGUCUUAAAACGCGCGGAGAAUGUCAUUUUUGCCAGAGCCAUUAACUCGAUUAGACCAAUCGAGAUCAAGAAGAUCAGCGGUGAUAGAGCCAAGCUGUAUUCCGAUGACAAAAAAGAGAUAGUGGUUGAAGACGUCAAGGUUGCGGAUGUGGUUGUGGAAAGACCGAGGUUGUCUGUUAAGGACAGGCUAGGUGUGAAAGUUGACGAUCCCGACCCGAGGAUAAUUCUGGUAGAGAAUCAGAAGAGUUCGCCACCUUUCACACAUAGAGAUCGCCGAAUAGAAGUUCAAGAACACAGGCGUUCCGAUCGUAGACGUUCUAAAUCCAGAAAACGUGAAUACAGUCGUGAAAGAGACAGUAAACGUCGAGACAGAUCUGAUAGAAACGCUGAUAGAAAUAAACGAGUCAGGCGUGAUGAUAAAGAACGAAGCAAACCAGAAGACCGCAAGGAAAAACACACGAAGAAAACCCCAAUACGUAGCGACAGUGAGGAGCACAGACGAAAAAGAAAAGAGAAGAAAACAAAGAAGGAGAAAGAAAAGGAAAAGCCGAAGAAACACGAAGAAGUCAAGGAAGAGCUCGAAGAACAGAAACUGAAACUAGCCACCGAAAAAAGAAAACCGACUUUGGACGAAGCGAACUUCGAACCCGACUACGAUCUCGAAUUGCACGAGGAUGAAACGAGCGACAUCGAAAAGGCUUUGAAGAAAGAGAAGGAAGUGAAACGAAGCGAACUGGAUGAGGAAAGUAGUAGUUCGGAGUCGUCCAGUUCUAGUUCGGAGGAAGAUAAGAGAAAGAAGAAACGGAAGAAGCACAGGAAGAAGAAAAAGAAGGAGAGUAGUAGUAGUAGCAGUUCAGACUCCAGCGAGGAUUCCAGUGAUUCUGAAAAAGAACGCAAGCGAAAGAAGCACAAAAAGAACAAGAAAAAGAAGAAAAAGUCUAAACAUAAGUAAAAUCGACGUUUAUUAUUCCUAAAUGUUUGCUUUUAACUCGGUGUAUUUAUAUUAAACAAGCAACAUUUUAAAAAUUAUUCCACUUUAUAAAUGUAUCAUAGUAUCAUUCAUAACUGAUUUUAAAUAAAUGGUUUGUAAUUCAAUACCAUAAUACCGUUAUUAAUAUUUAUAUUAUGCUAUAUGUUUAAAUAACGGUAUAAAUUAAAUAUCUGCAGUAAAUUAAUUUUUAUUGUGAAAUUUUAACUGCGGAAUAUACUCUAUAUUAAUAUCAACAAAGUUUCCAGGUUAGAAUUGAAAAUGUAGCUGUACUUUUGUAAAUAGUUUUAGGAGAGCUAAGCCCUUAGUAUUGCUUAUUAUACUAUGACUUAUCUUAAAUAGACUGUUAAUACAA